AAAAGUGACACACACGCCAUAAUGUAAAUUGCUUCUAGAUUUGGCGUUUGAGUUAAAUUUUUGCAUUUUGAUGCUGAAAGUUAUUAUUUUCUGUAUACAUAUGGCAUUAAAAAUGUCCCUAGUUAAUAUUGGUUAAUUCCUUGCAAUGGCUCAGUAUUACCAAAUAGUUGGACAGGGGCAUUCAUUGACUAUUGAGGAUUUACAACGUUAUUGUCCCAAUAUAAUAUGUUCAGAUUCGUUGAUAGUCAACCAAGAUGAUCAACAACAAUAUGCCCAACAACAGGUAGUGGUCCAACAAUCUGAACAGCCAAAUGAUAUAAUAGUAAGUGAAGGUGUUCAACCACAACUUGUUGUUGGUGAUGGCUUGCAAUAUCAGCAGCAAUACAUUAUCCGCCAUGACCCACCAUUGCAACAGCCACCUCGUACAGACUUUCAACAACAGCAACAACAGCAGCAGCAGCAACAACAACAACAGCAACAACAACACCAGCAAGCCUUACAUAGACACCAAGUUUACUACACAUCUAAUUUAUCUGUGGAUGCACAGGUUGUGUUGCAACAAGCUCAACAGAUCAUUGAUGCAUCUUUGAUGCAACAGUCAUCCCCACAACGCCCACAACAUUUGGUGAACCCAGCGCACAUACUAUCACAGCCGACUGUCAUCCAUCCAGCACAACAGCCGCCGCCGCAGCCACCGCCCACACCGACACAUGCGGCCCAAGCUGCACCGCAACAACAACAGCAACAGAUAUCGAGAGCGUCCCCGCAACUGAUGCAGCACUUGCAACAACAUCAACAGCAGAUACACCUACAGCAACUCCAGCAGCAGCAGCAACAGCAACAGCAAUUGCAACAUCAUUUACAACAGCAACAACAUUUACAAUCUCAGCAGAUACAGCCUCAGCAAAUACAACAAAUUGUUAUGCAUACUGCAUAUGUUAAUCAACCAGGUACACCGACGCGUCCAGCGCCUCCGAGACUUCUCAAUCAAGCACUAAACAACCCAUCCGGUGUUACGUUAGUACGUGCACCGGUGCGUACGGUGAGGCCACGGAGACAGGCGAUGCGAUCACAGAUGCCCACUCCGCCCUUACAAGUACCUGCCGCAAGACUGCUCAACUCACAACACCAGCAGGCGAAUGCUAGUGCUGGUCGCGGUAUUAACGCGAACGGCGCCAGUGUGUCCGGCGGGGUGGGGGCGGGGAGGGGCGCGCGCGUCCCCAGGCCUGGCUCGCCUCGCGUCCUGAACCCACAUGCUGGGCACGCACAACACAGACCACCACGGUCAAGGACGCCGUUGAUGCAGCAAACCCAACAACAACAGCAACAACACCAAUUAACGCAACAUGUCAUCAAUCAUUCACAAGUUCAACAGCUUAAUCAACUAAAACUCGCCACACAACAGCAACAAAUCCUCCUCAAUCAACAAAACCAGCAACACGUUCAGCAGCCAGCGCGUGUUAUAACACCGCAGGGAACUAUCGUAACGCAGACCUUACAAACGCCCAAUACCCAACAUUUAACUGUACAGACCAACCAAAACGGACCCCUACCUCAAACAUUGAACGCUACCCAGCGAGCCUCUCCGCAUCCGCAGGUCAAAAAGGUCGUAGUUCAACCGAACAACGCCAAUGAUAUGGAUCUCGAGGAGAGCAUCACAGCGGCGAUAGUACAAAAGAAUCCAGUCAAUGAGAACGUUACCACGCCACAACAAUUCCACACGCAACCAUCGAUGCGACAAAACCACAAUCCAGGCGCUCAUAGUGUUCAACACAUAAACUUUAGCCCACAGCAUGGGUUCCAACAACAAAUAGCCUAUGAACACCACAUGCCCCAAACGCCCCAGUCUCUUAAUCAGUUGCUCUUAGAAUCUGAAAACCCAGAUGAAGGAUGUCAAUACGUAACAUUAUCCAAUGGCCAGAGCAUGUCAGUAGCUGAAUAUAAAAGAAUGCAGCAUACAUCUCGGACUUUAAUACCUCACCAGCAACAAGCAAGGGAAAGUGGUAGACAGACAUUAGUAAGAAGUAAAGAACAACCACGACCAGUGCAAAGAGUACAUCCCAUGCAAACACAACAGGCUAAUCACAUGAAUGAGUGCAAUGAUUCAGCGAGUGGACCUUCUGAACAAUCAUCAGAAUUACCUUCAGCUAAAAUGUUAAUAUUCCUGCAAAGUGGAGAACAGAGACUUAUUACUUUUACCUUACCUAAAGAGAGUUGUACGCUUCAAGAAGUUCUUGAACAGGUCAAUGUUCCUUUCACAGAAGAUACUCAAAUACAGUGUAUGCAGAAUACCAGUACUGAAAUAGAUUAUUUUGUAACAGUAGGUUCAACUAUGAGAAUUGAGGAGAUGUUAGAAAAUCAUCCAAUGUUAGUUGGAGGAGAUGUUAGUAAUAGUUCCACAAAUAUAUCAUCACAAGCACAGAGCAGUGAAAUGUCCACUCCCGAAAAAGGACCAUGCCCUGAAAAUGCAAAUAAUAGUCCAGAAUCUCCGGAACAAAGAUCACCGCCGCCGCGGUAUGUUGACGGUAUGCUGGCUGUUUGUAAAUCUUGUGGUUACACUGGAUUCGACUUCAGCAGGUGUCAAAGAUGUAAAAGAGUUUUCACAGAAGAGCCUAAAAGUGUACCAAUACCAAAUAAAAAUGUAGACCUCAAGAAAAAGGAACCAGAAAAAUCUUUAUUAGACAAACACCUCCCUUGUGGAGAAAGUAUUAAAUUAAAUCUCCUCAAAUCAAAUGUGAAGACUAUAAACAAUAAAACUAUCAUACAAGAUAAAAAACCAACACGUGUGAGAAAACAGCGAGGUAAGCAGCCAGAUCCUGAACCAGUUAUAUUGACCUUAAGUUCGGAUGAAGAGGAUUCAAACAGUUCAAUGUUAAAUAACCAGCACGAACAAUCAAUAAACAUGAAGGAGCCUUCGUUGAGUGAAAUUGAAGGUGGCACUUCAGAUAGCGGAAUUGGAAUUGAUAAUAUGGAUGAUGAAAGCAGAGAAGAGAUAUUUCACAAUCUACAAGGUAUUGAGGCUUUUCUCAAUUGCCGGACAAUUAGGAUAGGUUCAUACAGAUACUCUCCCAAAGAAAAGGUUCACAUAUCAUCUAAAGGUAUAAAAAUUGUUGCUCCCUCAUUAAAAAAUGAAAACCGAGAUGUUGCUCUUCAAAUACCAUUGAAAGAUGUUGUCCGUAUGCUUGUACAUUUUGGCAAAGGCCUACCUGUAAUUUUUUUAUACACAAUGAACAAGUGCGGUGUAUUAAUAAGGAAAGCAUUGGAAAUGAUGGAAGAAUCAGGUCAGUUUUAUAAUCCAUCAUCAAAAGAAGAUCCAUACAAAAGAAUAACUUUACUACCUGAUGUUCUCACUGAUGAGACGAAAACUGUUUUUAAAUCAAUAUUUGGUAAAAGAAUGGAAGAGCUUACGGCUAAAGAAGCAAACGAAAUACUUGUUAGAACCUGCCCCAUAGAAAAUAGUAACACUUCAAAAUUAAUAACAAGGUCAAUGAGCACUUCCAUUAAUUCAGGAAAUAAAAGUACACAUCCAGCUGAGAUCAGGCAAAUAUUAAUAUAUCCACCUGGAAAAGGAGGGAUUCCCAUCAACACAGAAGACUAUAUGUGCUUAGCUCAAGAUCAGUUCUUGAAUGACGUUAUAAUUGAUUUUUAUUUAAAACAUUUAGUUCAUGAUAUCUUAACAGCUAGUCAGAGAGAAAAGACUCAUAUCUUUAGUACCUUUUUUUAUAAAAGGCUGACAACAAAACCCAGCAAGGUUAAUAAGAGUUCAAAUCCCCAUGAGUGGGAUAGCACUUUAACACCAGCACAGAAACGUCAUGCGAGGGUGAAGACAUGGACAAAGAAUGUUAAUAUUUUUGAAAAAGAUUUCAUAGUAGUUCCUAUAAAUGAAAAUUGCCAUUGGUUUGUGGCUAUUAUAUGUUAUCCAAGCUUAGAUGGGUGCAGAAGUAUGAUCGACAAUAGAGCUGUUAUACCACAUGUGACUAAGAGAAGAGAACGUAAAUCCUCAAUGCAAAUAGGUAGUACUACAAUUACACCAUUGACAAAACAGGAACAAUUGACAUUGAAUUGUGACUCUGAUAAUCUUAGUGAAAGGGAUGAAGCGGAAGCUGAGGAAAGUGACCUUGACAUGCAAUGUGAUUCUGAUGACGAAGAAAGUGAAAAAGUAGUUGAGAAGAAACCCGAAACCCCUGUAGUUAGAAAAAAUGAACCCAUUAAACAGCCCUGUAUUUUGAUAUUUGAUUCAUUGGCUGGAGCUUCAAGAUCCAGAGUUGUGGCUACGUUACGGGAUUACCUUACUUGUGAAUAUCAGGCAAAGAUAUCUCCACAUAAAGUAUUCAACAAAGAUAAUAUUAAAGGUAGCUGUCCGAAAAUUCCUCAACAAAACAAUUUUACAGAUUGUGGCUUAUAUUUAUUACAAUAUGUAGAACAUUUUUUUAAGGAUCCUAUUGUGGAUUAUUCUCUGCCCAUAAAACAGUUAGCCAACUGGUUUGAUGAAAUUGUAGUAACAAGAAAACGUGAAGAGAUUUCAAUAUUGUUAAAGAAUUUAAUGCACAAAUAUAACCCAGACUCGCAUUUAGCUUUGCCUGACAUUACAUUCCCAACAUUACAUGGUAAAUUAAUAGAAAAUGAAGAACAAGCAGAGGAAAGAAUGGAUUGUGAAAAGGGUCCUUCAAAUAAAGUACACAAAAACGACAAGGAAUCUGAGGGACCAACUGUUACAUUUCUAAAACAAACUCCAUCCGGUGAAAUUCUAGUUAAAAGAAAUUUUGGUGAAGAGACAAUACUAAGAAAGACAAUAAGACUCUCUAAUGAUUCAGAAAAUAGAUCUGUAGUGCAAAUCAAACAGGAAUAUGGUAAAAAAGGUGACAAUGAAAAUCAAAUAGUUAUACCAAUUAAACUGCACUCUAGUGAUUUAGUUCAAAACUCUUUAAUUGUGAAUAAAGGUAAAAACUUUAGUGAUAAAAAACAUGGUGUAAAUAAUCAGACUGUAUCCAGUGUUAACUGUGUCCGACAAAAUGUUAGUGAGAGUGACAGCAAUUCAUUUCUUAAAGGUAGAAGGAUAAAUAAAUUAGAAGAUGUGGUUAAUGAUUCAAAUAAGAAGUUUAAAAGGAAUGAAUGCUAAGAUUUUGCCUGUCCAUUUAAUCAAUUUAUUAAAUUAUUUUUAAUUUAAUUAUUACAAUGUGUAUAGUUGUUUCAGGGACUUGUAAAUAUUAGUUAAUGCUAUUAACUACAUGUAUUUAAUACUGUAUCUGUUUUAUAAAAUAAUGUAAAAAAAAUAAAUGUAUUAUAUAGCUUCCAUAAAUACAAAAUAGUAAGUUAAUA